UUAAACGGUCAUCGAUGAUCGGAUUACUAUCGAUUACCAUCAGCUGUUAAGCAUUGGUAAUUAGGAGGGAGAAAUUCUACCUAAUAUAUUUUAGAAAUUAAUGAGCUAAAACAAAAAUUUUAAAGCAGAAUAAUAAUGCUUCGUUUACAUAAUCCUAUUUUGUUUCAAUACUUAAAUGUGGGGAAUAAGACUGUCGGUAAUAGUUGUGGCUUGGAAUUCGUGAGAUGGCGACGCAAGCCUCGCUGGCUGCCCGUAGCUAAGAGUAAAAUGUUUCGUGUACCAGAACGUAAACCACAAAGCUUGGAAGAGAAGAAUGAACUAUUGCGUCUACAUAAUAAUUACAGGACACAAAUGCGUUCAAUACGUCAAUAUUUGCGUGAAGAAAAUCAACGCAUUGCUGAGACUACAACAACGGAUCACAUUGCCUUAACGCCAAAAGAAGAGGAGGAGGAAUUUAAUCGUUGCCUACAAGAGAAUGAAAAAUGGAAUCACGAAAUAAGUAAAAUACGUGAAUUACGUUUAGCUAAAGAACGUGAGGCAACUAAAGCAUACGUGCAGGAGAAGCUUCGGUUGGCUGAGGAAAGAGAAGAAAAGCAAAUGCAACGCAUAGAAUCUUUAGUUAAAAAGGAAAAGGAAUUGUCAAAAACGUUUAUUACUCAUGAAAAACUGGAUGAAGCCAUUGAACAUGCGCUUGCUAACCCAGUUGAUUAUAACUUUGCUUUGGACUUGCAAGGCAACAUGUAUCGAGGCCGCUUUAAUGUGCCAGUGAGUACUGAGCCUGCGCAAAAAUAAUGUGCAGCAAUAAGCCCAUAACUAGAAAAAGAGGUCGAACAAUUUUUCUUUAGAAGUUUAUAAAAUUUUAAAAUACAUAUAAAUUAAAAUUUAA